AUGAAACCCACCUGGUGGCCCGGCGAGCAGCACGAGCUCUUCACAGAAUGGGCCAAAACACAAGGCAUCGUUAUCAAUGGAGUCAGCCCAGCGCGAUUCCCCGGCCGCGGUCUCGGUAUGAUAGCAACGCGAAAGAUAGAAAAAGACUCCAUCCUCGUCAAAGUCCCUCACUCCGCAAUGCUCACGCCCUCCAAACUCCCAUCCACAUUCACCUCGCGCUUCCCUGCAGACACACCAACCCACACCCUCUACGCCGCAUACCUCACCAACGCCAGUCCCUCCCACCUAAAACCAUGGCGCAACACCUGGCCCACGAUGGAGGACUUUACCUCAAGCAUGCCGAUUCUCUGGUCCUCAACUUCUCCUCUUACACCCAACAGCAAGACCAGCAAAAUCCAGGACCUCCUCCCCCCCUCCAUCUCCAACACCUGGAGCACCAUAACCCCCGGCAAACGAAAACACAAGUCCGACACGCGGCAUCAAAACCUCCUCAAAGCACAAGAAACCCGUCUCCGCAAAGCAUGGGAUAUCGUUGUCCGGGUAUUCCCCGAGACAGAUAAAGAGCUGUUCACGUACCAUUGGGUGAUUGUGAACACGCGAAGCUUCUUUUAUCUUCUGCCGGGGGCGGAGAUGCCAGAGGAUAGGAAUGAUGCGAUGGCAUUGGUGCCGUUUGCGGAUUAUUUUAACCAUUCGGAUGUAGCGUGUAAUGUCAAGUUCGAUGGGGAAGAGUAUGUCUUUCGUGCGGCGAAGGAGUAUAACGAAGGCGAGGAAAUCUACAUGAGCUACGGGCCUCAUUCGAACGAUUUCCUGUUCACAGAGUACGGCUUCUACCUCGACACCAACGCCUCCGAAACCCUCUACCUCGACGAGAUAAUCCUGCAAGACCUAAACGCAUCAAAACAAGAAGAACUCGAGUUCCACCAGUACUAUGGGUACGUUACCUCAACGCUUUCUACCCAAGUCCGUUACAUAGCUGUCCUCAGGAACCCCAUUAACGAAGCCAUAACCAAACACAGAAACUACCAACUCACAUCCGACGGCGUAUGCUACCGAACAGAAAUCGCCGCCGGGUUAACCUACAUGCCAUUACGACUUUGGCAGGACUAUGUGCUAGGAUACUCAACCGAAGGGGUAGACGAGAAGAUGUCUGCGGCUGUGAUUCGGGGAUGGAUUGGUGUGUAUAUCAAGGAAGCGGAUGUAGCGAUUGCGCGGUUAGAGGAUUUGUAUAUUGCGCAGACGGAGGAUCAGGGCGUGGUUAGGAUGUUGUUGAAGAGGUGGCGGCAGAUUAGGGGGCUUUGUGAGGAGGCGGUGGAUCGUGUUUCUUCUUCAUGA